AUGAGGGUAGAUGCUGGUAGGCUCCUUGCCGGUUUCACUGCCACCACCAAAAAUAUUGCUCCAAAUACCAUCGUAUCAUCGUUCAGGGCAAGCUGGAAUGUGCCAAACUUCCGUGAUUUUCAUGCAGCACUUUUUCGGGGUGUGGAGUUGGAAAAGUGUCCUAGUUUUAAGCGGACUACCGAGAACUGUCGUCGGAGCUUCGUAUCAAACCAGGAAACGGUGGCCGAUGGAUUGGUGGUGCUGUGGGCCGGCAAAAUGGUGGUCGUUAAGGAGAAACGGAUUGUAUUGGUCAUUUUUCGACCUGUCGAGUUGGAAAAGUGCGUCGUGGAAGGUGCUGGUGCUACCGGGUUGGCGGCCAUCAUGGCCGCUCAUCUGAACGAAUUCAUGGGAAAAAGGCUGGUGCUGCUAAUUUGUGGAGGCAACAUCGAUACCACGAUGUUCGGCAAGUGUCUCGAGCGUGGAAUGGCCGCCGAAGGUCGCUUGCAGAGGUGA